UUUAGGGCUUUUGCGAAAGAUUAACUCUCGACAACGGGAAGCCAUCGAGACUGCCUAUUGCUUCUCUUGAUCCCUCCUCCCUCCUCCAAUCCAAUUCAUCGGUUGCUUAGGGUUUCCCGGUUCUCCUUUUCCGAUCUUGGAGCUUGCUGCUUGAAAGGUUGUUCCUUGGCGUUGAAAACGAGCGAGUAGAAAUAUCGGAUGAAUUAAUGGAGUCAAAAGGUGGAAAGAAGAAGAAGUCUAGUAAUAAUAGUUGUAGUUCAUUACAGUACGAAGCUCCCCUGGGUUACAGUAUUGAAGAUGUUCGACCGCAUGGAGGAAUCAAGAAAUUCCAAUCUGCUGCAUACUCCAACUGUUACAGAAGGCCAUCCUGAUAUUCCCUGAGAUGCUCUCUUUAGUAUACUAGGAUUCUUCUAUCAUUUGAUCUUUAUUUUUCCUUGUUUCAUUCUAGUAACGAAACCUCUCUCAAUUUCCCUUCUUGUUUCCCUCUUUCUUCUCCAUUGGCUUCAAUGUCAUUCUCCACAGUUGGAUUUGAGGGGUACGAGAAGCGCUUAGAGAUUACCUUCUCUGAAGCAUCUGACACUUGUGGUCAGGGACUGCGUGCCCUUUCUCGUGCACAGAUUGAUUCAUUUUUAGAUUUGGCAUGCUGCACCAUUGUGUCCCAGUUGUCGAACAAGAACUUUGAUUCCUAUGUUCUCUCUGAGUCGAGCCUCUUCAUGUACCCUCACAAGAUCAUUCUGAAGACUUGUGGGACUACAAAGCUCCUCCUUUCUGUUCCUAGAGUCCUUGAGCUUGCUGCUAUGCUUUCACUAUCCGUUCAAUCCGUAAAAUACUCAAGGGGCACGUUCAUUUUCCCGAACGCGCAGCCAUCACCGUAUUACAGCUUCUCCGAGGAAGUUGCCGUCCUCAAUGGCUUCUUUGGCUUCCUCAAGUCAGGUGGCAAUGCUCACGUGAUCAGUGAUCCAUCAAUGUCGAACCGCAAAUGGCACAUCUACUAUGCGACCGAGUAUCCUGAGCUGCCUAUGGUUACUCUAGAGAUGUGUAUGACUGGAUUGGAUAGGAAACGAGCAUCAAUUUUCUUCAAGAAUUCAGUGGUUACUUCUGCCAACCAGAUGACGAAGCUCUCUGGGAUCUCCAAAAUUAUACCUGAGAUGGAGAUCUGCAACGUGGAUUUUGAGCCAUGUGGUUACUCUAUGAACGGUGUAAAUGGUUCAGCUCUAUCUACGAUUCAUGUAACACCAGAAGAGGGUUUCAGCUAUGCAAGCUAUGAGACCAUGGGGUUCAACCCUCGGUUGCUAACUUACCGUGACUUGGUCGAAAGAGUCCUUGCCUGUUUUGCACCUUCGGAGUUCUCGGUUGCUGUCACCACACUUGGGGGAGGCAGGCAAGUCUCCCCAUGGAGGAAGAAAAUCGAUAUACCCGGAUACACUUGCGGCAAAAUGAUAGAACAGGAGCUUCCAUAUGGGGGAUUACUGGUUUACCAGGCAUUUUCUGCUGCUUCACCAAGGCCCAUCUUGCAUCACUGGGAAAGAAAUGAUUUGGAGAAUGCUGGAAGAGAUGAUGGAUGCAACAAGAAUGGAAAGCAUAAUAAUUUGAGAUUACGAGGAAGGCUUUAAGCAUCACAUUUGCUCAGUUGGUAAUGGUUUUCUUUCUCCUUGUUCCUCUUGAUUAUCUUCUUUUCUUCUGUUAUUUUUGUUUUUAGCUCACAAUAACAUGCUCUGUGUGGCUGCUGUGUCUUCCACAAUGAGUAGGUUAAAGACCUUUACAUUUUGAUAUUGUUUAUAAUCUAUGCUUCAGAUUGUGAUA